AAUGUUAAACUACGUCAACACCGCCAUGACCUUAUCCCACAAUGCAGCGGGAUGGUGAAGGAGCGUUAUCCGUGCAUGGCGGGGGCAAACGGACAGGACUGAAUUCGGUAGCUAAUAACUAAUAAUCACCGAGGAGGUUGUGAGUCAGUCAGUCCCGUUGUUGUCUCUGUCAGCUCUGACCGUCUAGUGUUUUCAACCAGAAAUGGCGCCUUUCGGUCUGUUGUUUUCUGGCCUUUUGAAAAAGUCAUUCAGUCUUUUCUCCGACGCUUCCUGUCUGACAAGGCUCGUCAAUGUGAUCCCAGCUGUAAAGAGUUUCACAACCAGUGCCGGCGCUCCCCCUAAGAGGCCCCUGAACGGAUACAUGAGAUUUGUGAAACAGCAACAACCUCUCGUUGUCAGGGAGUAUCCAGACGUCAAAGCUGUCGAUGUGAUAAGGAAGAUUGCACACCAGUGGAGAACUCUGACAGCAGACCAGAAACAACCUUUUCAACAGGCGUCAGUGGAUGCCAGGGAACAGUUUAAGGUGGACAUGCAGAGGUACCAGUCCCAGCUCACACCUGCACAGGCUGCUGCUCUGAAACAGGAGAGGAGACGGAGGCUGGCCAAGAGGAAAGCCAUCAGGAGGAAGAGGGAGUUGAACAGUCUGGGCAAACCCAAACGUCCCCGGUCGUCCUUUAACAUCUUUAUGGCAGAACACUUUGAGGAGUCCAAAGGGACGACCACACAGGGCAAGAUGAAGAUGCUGCGGGAGGACUGGACCAAACUGUCAACCUCACAGCAACAAGUCUACGUGCAGCUGGCGGAGGAUGAUAAGGUGCGCUAUAAGAAUGAGAUGAAGUCCUGGGAGGAACACAUGAUGGAUAUCGGACGGGAGGACCUGAUCAGACGGAAAGAGACCCACAAGGACAAAACGGCUACUAAAGGAGGCAAACAGAAAUCCAAAAUGAAAGUGGUGAAGACUAAAUCUGUAGGAGCUACGACAGCGAGGAGCGGGAAAAAGGCCUGAGUUGUUCUGGAGAGGAGGGGUGCCGUUAUAAAGGCAAGGUACCGUCCCAAAAUUGUUUUAUUUUGUUUAUCAGUUGUCCAUAGUCAUAUCAAUGCUCCUAGAGCCUCAAACUGUGAAAGAACCUUCAUCCGUCUGGGAAAGAUCAUGAGACAUUCUCAACUGACCGUCAGAAUGAGAAUUCACUGUUAACUAUCAUAAAGCAGUGCUUUUUCUAGUAGGAAAAUAUGAAUUAUGUCGAAGUUAAGUUCCUGUAAACAGGGCCACGUUCUGUAUCUACUGUCUCUAUACAUUACGUACUGUACAGGCUAGUCUAUACUAGAUAUAGUCUUUGUUAAGAUAAUUGCCGGCUGAGUGUUGACAUACCAGUUACUUUGUUUGUAGACUAUUCGUUUUUACCUGCGUAAAAAGUUGGCUCAUGUUUUGUAUCUAAUCUUUAUUAAAUAAACAUUUACGUACAUUUAAAA